AUGGCAGGGGAUGAGGCCUUGGUGCAUGUGAAGAUCACUCUUUUGCUGCUCUGGCAGGGUAUGUUUCUGUUUCUUUCUGGAUGGCCCCAGACUGGAAACUCCCAACGCCAUGGUCCUGCAGAGGUGGUGAUUCCCACAAGGCAUGCCAGCAGCAGGAAGCUUCCAGGCUGGCUCACUUACAGCCUUCAUUUUGGGGGCCAGAGACACAUUGUCCACAUGAAGGUCAACAAGUAUUUCCUGUCCAGACACCUCCCAGUGUUUACCUACAGCGACCAAGGUGCCCUCCUAGAGGACCAACCUUUUGUCCAGAAUGACUGCUACUAUCAAGGCUAUGUGGAAGGGGACCCAGAAUCCAUGGUGACCCUCUGUACCUGUUUGGGGGGUUUCCAAGGAACAUUACAGACAAAUGACGUUGUGUAUGAAAUAGAGCCCAAGAGGCAUUCUACCACAUUUGAACAUCUCAUAUACAAGGUGGACAGGAAGGAGACACAAUUCCCACCCAUGAGGUGUGGCUUGACAGAUGAAGAAACAGCACGACAAUUGAAGUUUCAAGAGACUGUUAAUUUCACCUUGAUGCAGAGUGGGUAUGAAGGCUGGUGGACCCACAAGCGGUUUCUUGAGCUGGCAGUGGUGGUGGACUACAAUCGAUACAUGCAUCGUGCAAGUAACACCACAAAAGUGCAGUAUGAAGUAUUCCUUGUUGUCAAUGGAAUUGAUAACUUCUUGAGCUCACUGGAUGUUGAUGUGGUUUUAAUAGGAGUUGAGGUCUGGAAUACAAGAAACCUCCUUCCAGUAAAUAACAUAAGUAAUUUCCUGUCAAUGUUUUGCACAUGGAAGAUGGCCAGCUUUAAUAACCGCCUACCCCAUGAUGUUGCACAUGUUUUUGUAAAGCAGGACUAUGGUAUUACUGUGGGCUUAGCCUAUGUUGGAGGAGUAUGUAACUCUCGUUUUAGCUGUGGAGUUGAUAGUUUUAUGAAUGAUGAUGUGCAUGAUUUUGCAUAUAUAGUAUCACAUGAAAUUGGUCAUAAUUUGGGUAUGGGACAUGAUGCAAACACUUGUAAAUGUGCCCAUAGGAUCUGUGUAAUGUAUCCAUCAAAAGCCGGUGCAAGUAAGUUCAGCAACUGCAGUUAUGCUGACUUCAUGAACACUGCUGUAAAACGAAAUUGUUUGUAUGUUUCAUCAAAUAAAGGGAACAUCUUCACAGUUACACAGUGUGGAAACAGUGUGGUUGAAGAAGGAGAAGAGUGUGACUGUGGCACUUUACAGUUGUGUUUAAAGGAUCCCUGUUGUCAAUUCAGUUGCACCCUGAGAUUGGGGGCUGCCUGUGCUUUUGGGCUUUGUUGCCAAGACUGCCAGAUCCUGCCAACAGGCACAGUGUGUAGACAACAGGAAAACACAUGUGAUCUCCCAGAGUGGUGCAAUGGGACAUCCAACCAUUGUCCAGAAGAUGUGUAUGUGCAGGAUGGGAUCCCAUGCGAGGACGGUGGCUACUGCUAUGAGAAGAGAUGCAAUAACCGUGAAGAACAGUGUAGGAACAUUUUUGGCAAAGAGGCCAAGAGUGCCAAUCAGAGUUGCUACACCAAAAUGAAUACCCGUGGUGAACGAUUUGGGAACUGUGGUAUCCGUGGUACUGAAUACGUGCGGUGUAACAUGUCAGAUGUCCUGUGUGGGAGGGUGCAGUGUGAGAAUGUGAGAGAAAUUCCCCUUCUGAGAGAUCAUUCUACUGUGCAUUGGACUCGCUUCAAUGACAUCACCUGCUGGGGUACCGACUACCACUUGGGGAUGGCCAUUCCUGACAUUGGUGAUGUGAAAGAUGGUACAGAGUGUGGUGCAGACCAUGUAUGCAUCAAAAGGAAGUGUGUCCAUCUGUCCCUCCUGGUAACUGGGUGUUCACCUGAGACCUGCAAUAUGAAUGGGGUCUGCAACAACAGAAACAACUGCCACUGCAGCCGUGAGUGGGACCCUCCCACCUGCCAGCAAAAGGGCUAUGGGGGAAGUAUCAACAGUGGUCCACCCCCUGAAACAGAAGAGGUUGGAAACCUAGAAUGGAUGCCUUACCUGCUACUAUUUUGGUUUAUUCUUUUUUUGAUAUUACUAUCAUUAUUGUGUUUGUUAUUUUGGUCCUUUAAUGCAGAAGAACUUCAAGGAAACAAGCAGCAGAAUGUUCCAACUUCAGCUGAGGAAAAAGGAAAAAAUGACAAUUAA